AUAAAUAAUCUGCUGCACUGUCUAAAUUACAGAAGUGAAAAUAAUUCUGUUGUCCUGAGUACAAUACGCUUAAUAAUAUCAUUUGAAAAUGGAUGCAUUUUUUGGCAGUUGGACAUUGGUCACUAAGGAAAAUGCCAAUGAAUACAUGGAAGCACUCGGCGUUCUACCUGCAAUGAAAUUGUAUUUGUGGAACAUGAAAACAGUGGUCAUAUUUUCACAAGAUGGAGAUUACAUAGUAAAGAAGAUUAAAAUGUUUGAGGCCAUCAACAGAACUUUCACACUCACAUUCAAACUGGGUGAGGAAUUCGACGAAAGCACCAUAGACUUCAGAGUCUGCAAAUCUGUUUUGAACCUGGAAGGAGGUAAACUUAUACAUCUGCAGAAGUGGGACGGUAAAGAGAACACAACCAUUUACGAGGUCCAGGACGAGAAAUUGAUUAUAACUUUAAUAUUUCGGGACAUUGUAUCUGUGUGGACUUUCGUGAAGAUCAAAUGACCUACCGGCAGGAGUAACAUGUAUGAAGAUGAAAGCUAAAGAUCACUUAUUAUAUCAUCCAUAUGUCUUUACACUUGGGCUGGAAACUGUUCAUGAAAAUGCACAAACUAAAUUCUGCAAAAACUAAAUUCAAUAAAGAUCUGGAGAAAAUGAGAUAUGCAUUAUGUGUGACACUGAUUCAUAAAAGCACACAAGAGAAUAUUAUAUAGAUGUUUGUAUUAAUGUGUAAAUGAGAUGAUUAAUAACCUUCCUUAUGAAGUGAGACAGGGUGCUGGGGCUUUUGGACUUUGAUGAAGUCACUGAGAAGUUCAUUAGAUCCAUGCUUGAUGAACAGAUCUUUGUGGAGAUAUCAGACAGAGUGAUUGUGUUUACAUUUAU